UCAGUUUCACCGGCUCUCUGUUAGCGUUUCCUUUCCGCUCAGGUCUCAGCAGUGGUUGGAGCGUGGAUCUCACCAUCUGGGCUCACAGAAUCACCAAACAUGAGCGUCCCAGCGUUUAUCGACAUCACGGAGGAAGACCAGGCCUCAGAGCUGCGAGCCUACAUCAAGUCUAAAGGAGCUGAAAUAUCAGAAGAAAACUCUGAAGGUGGACUUCAUGUAGAUCUGGCUCAGAUCAUUGAGGCAUGUGAUGUCUGCCUCAAGGAUGAUGAUAAAGACGUGGAGAGUGUGAUGAACAGCAUCGUGUCUCUGCUGUUAAUCCUGGAGACUGAGAAGCAGGAAGCCCUCAUUGAGAGUCUAUGUGAGAAACUGGUGAAGUUCCGUGAGGGAGAGAGACCAUCCCUCAGGAUGCAGCUGCUGAGUAACCUGUUUCACGGCAUGGAUGAGAACACUCCAGUGAGGUACACGGUCUUCUGCAGCCUCAUUAAGGUGGCAGCAACUUGUAACGCCAUCUCCUUCAUUCCCACCGACCUUGAUCAGGUGCGCAAAUGGAUUGUUGAUUGGAACCUGAACACAGAAAAGAAGCACACUCUCUUGAGGCUGGUGUAUGAAGCAUUGGUUGACUGCAAAAAGAGUGAGGCUGCUGCUAAAGUGAUGGUUGAGCUGCUGGGAAGUUACACAGAAGACAAUGCUUCACAAGCACGCGUUGAUGCUCACAGAUGUAUCGUGCGAGCUCUCAAAGACCCCAACACCUUCCUGAUGGACCACCUGCUCACCCUGAAACCUGUUCGCUUUCUUGAGGGAGAACUCAUCCAUGAUCUAUUAACCAUAUUUGUGAGUGCGAAGUUAGCAGCCUACGUCAAGUUUUACCAGAACAAUAAAGACUUCAUCGAUUCUCUGGGCCUGUCUCAUGAGCAGAACAUGUCCAAGAUGCGUCUGCUGACAUUCAUGGGCAUGGCAGUGGAAUUCAAGGAGAUCUCCUUCGACACCAUGCAACAGGAGCUGCAGAUCGGAGCAGAUGACGUCGAGGCGUUUGUCAUUGACGCUGUUCGUACCAAGAUGGUGUACUGCAAAAUCGACCAGACACAGCGAAAAGUUGUUGUAAGCCACAGCACAUACCGAACCUUUGGCAAGCAGCAGUGGCAGCAGCUGCACGACAGCCUCAGUGCAUGGAAGGCCAACCUCGCAACCGUCAAGACCAGCCUGCAAGCCCUAUCACCCUCUGCUUAAUCCACCUUAACCUGACUGUCUCUACUGCCUGACCCUUAAUUCUUUUGUGCUCUCAAAUUUACCAUGACUGAAAUGAUCAGUUUUUAUAUUCCUCCAAUAAAAGAUCAAUGGAGAUCA